CUGCACCGCACACCAAACAGCCUAUCUAUUCUCAAGUACCACCCAAAUUCAAAAUGAUGUUCAACACCCUCUCUAUGACCGCCGUUGGAGUGCUGUCCCUCUAUGUUUCCGGAGCCAUUGCUCAGCCCCACGAGCCUCGAGGCCUGGACGUUCAGCUGAAGUGGCACGAGACGACCAGCUGCAACGACAAGGGUGGUCCCACGCGCGACUACAGCGACGGCGCCUGCUUGGACCUGGCUGAAACCAGUCGAGGAGUCGAAAUCCUUGAUCUCCGUGGUAGUUGCCACCUGGUUUCUUAUGACGACUCAAGCUGCCGAACCGGUUCUCGGGUCCUUGAUGCCUUGGGCUGCUGGAACUUGAAGGAAAAGAACUCGGUUCAGUUUAAGUGCGACUAAGUUAUCAUUAAUGGUAGCGGGGCUCACCCAUCCGACUUGGGAUGCUCGAGACCGAUAUGUGUCGGACUUUGAAGGGAGGGAAAUCGGUUGUGUUGAAGUGCUGGAUUGCAGGCUUGGUCUCC